UCCUUUUCUUCUUCUUCUUGUUGCUCUUCUGAGAAAAUCUUUUUGACCACAUGCUAAAAUCUGCGAAUACAAGUAAAACCAUUUUUGUUUCCUUUCAUUCGAUUAUUAUUUUGUUUUACAUAGUUUCUGACAGUUGUUCAUAUUCCAUUUCUUGUUUCUCUGUUUUGCUUUGAAUAUAACUCUUACUUGGUUUCAACGCUUUCUUCUUCUUCUUCUUCAGUUCUUAGUAUUUGUUCGUACCCGUACUAUUGAUUUGUAAGGUUCUGAUUUUGAUUGAGAAAGCUUAAACUUCAUAACAGAAUGGUUUCGGCUGAUAAUAAUGGUAAAGAUGAAAUCGAGGAAUGUAACAAUAAUGGAAGUAAAGCCAAUGAGUUUACUUCCAUAGAUAUUUCAAGUUCUCGAAGAGCUAUGGUGACGGAUGAAAAUCCUGGUAGAAAGUUCCCGAGCACAUUGAGUGCUAUUCCUAAUAGGAUCAACUUCUUCAAAAUCGGUUCUGCGUCUGCCAAAUUCAAGCGUCUUGCCACUCAGAUGGACCAGGCUUCACAAUCUGUGCCUUCUCCGAGUUCACAUAGCUUAAGAGAACGCUUCAAGCACAUGUUUUCAAAGAAACUCGACUGGGAUUCGAUGAAGAAGAUGACAAUAGAAUGGAUUAGGAAUCCAAUGAACAUGGCCCUUUUUGCGUGGAUCUUAUGUGUUGCUGUUUCAGGUGGAAUCCUGUUCCUUGUCAUGACUGGUAUGUUGAAUGCUGUGAUUCCAAAGAAGUCGGCAAGGAAUGCGUGGUUUGAAGUAAACAAUCAAAUACUCAAUGCUCUGUUUACACUGAUGUGUUUGUACAAGCAUCCGAAGUUAUUCUACCACCUUGUACUUCUGUGCCGAUGGAAUUCAAAAGAUAUCGCCAAACUUAGAAAGGAGUACUGCAAGAAUGGAACUUAUAAGCCUCAUGAAUGGAAACACAUAAUGGUAGUGGUAAUUCUCGGUCAUGUGAACUGUUUCGCUCAGUAUGCACUUUGCGGUCUAAACUUAGGUUAUAAAAGAUCUGAGCGCCCGGCCAUUGGUGUUGGAAUAUGUAUAACUUUUGCGAUCGGUGCACCUGCAAUUGCUGGUCUAUAUACAAUCCUUAGUCCUCUAGGUAAAGAUUAUGAUUCUGGAUCAGAUGAAGAAUCGCAGGUUGAAAUUGCUGCUGCUCAAAAGAAAGAGCAGAUGAGAUUGAAAUCAUUUGAGAGGAAAUAUUCAUUUGCAACAAAAAAUCAACUAAGAACAGUCGAAAAUAGACCAAAGUGGAGUGGUGGAAUACUUGACAUUUGGGACGAUAUCUCUCAAGCAUAUUUAUCACUUUUCUGUACUUUUUGUGCAUUUGGUUGGAAUAUGGAGAGACUUGGCUUUGGAAACAUGUAUGUUCACAUUGCCACUUUUAUGCUUUUCUGUAUGGCCCUUUGGAUUUUCAUCUUGGCUGCUGUUAAUAUUGAGGAUGACACUGUUAGGCAAUGUCUAGUAGGUGCUGGGAUUGUUCUAUGUUUUUUCGGUAUGCUCUAUGGUGGUUUUUGGAGGAUCCAAAUGAGAAAGAGGUAUAAUUUGCCUACUUAUGACUUCUGUUUCGGCAAGCCUGCGGUUUCGGAUUGCAUACUUUGGCUAUUCUGUUGUUGGUGCUCUCUUGCUCAAGAAAUGCGAACGGGGGAUGCCUAUCAUAUCGUAGAUGAUAAAUUCUUCAGCAAAGAAAUUAACACUGUUGACCAACCGCCGAUUUCACCUCUGCGCCGCGAAGGUGUGUCAUCAACCAAAUCUGGGACAAGUUCUCCUCUUGGUGUCAACUCGUCUCCUUCUACUUUCAAACCGUCAAGUCCUCUAAGUUCUAACAGUUUCUUUAUGGAAUAUCAUAGUCCAGAUGGUCCACUAUCUUCCGUAAAAGAAGAGCUUUCUGAAAAAGAUAAAGAUGUAACAAUGAUUCCACCAACUCCGCCGGUGAUACAAAGAGAAUCUCCUUAGUCCCUAAAGAUAGAAGCUCGAAAUCCUUUCUACUUGCCAAUUGCUAUUUAUAUAUGGCAUUUUAUGUGAUGGUCUAUUCAAUUUUGAGUUCUGUGCCUCUGAACUCAUGGUUUUACUCAUUCGGUAUGCUCCUACUCAUGUAUAUGGACCGUGUAUUUGAGGAGGCACGUUUUAGCUGGCUGACUAUCAGCUGCAUGUAAUUGAAAUCAAAGUACUUUCUUGUUUGAGGCUUUCUUUACAUCCAUUGAAAUGAUUGUAGAGAGCAUUGUACAGUACAUUCUUAAGUGUGUGUUCCUUCUUGUGAGUACAAUUUAUGACUGGAUAUGCAACCAGGUUUUGUUUCCAAUUUGUUUAUAUUGGAUGAAUUCUUGCUUGCACAGCUUUUCUGGUUCUAUCCAAGAAACAGGCUGCAUAGUUUGUAUGAAAGACACAUGCAUGAAUUUGUUGAUUCACCUGGUUUAUGGAAAGUUAAUACAUCAUUUUAUGAUUUGUGCA